AGUCCUUUUGGUCACUGGUGCUGAUGGGGAGAGUUCGAUAGAUGGAAGGACAAGUAAAAGUGGUGUAAGAAAAAAGAUGAUUUGUCUUACAAAAUGUGAGAGAUUCACAUCAUUUUUGUAGAUUUUUAUUAGAUUCGAUAUAACUUUUGGUAACGUAACUAUAUGUAUAUAGAUGAAAUAUUAAUAAGAGAACAGAGUCUCUCUCUUUCUUUCUUUCUCUCCCCCAACAAUGGUGGUUCCUCCAAAACCCUCUCUGUUUCAGUGGAGAUUUCUGACCGGAGACAAACCAGUACUUACGCUUGAUGAUGAGUUCUUACGUAAUCACACGAAAGUUUUGCUAACAUCAGACGCGUCAAACAAAACUUGGGAAGUGAAACUGGACGGUAACAAGCUCGCCGGCGGCUGGGAAGAGUUCGCCGCCGUUCAUAAUUUCAGUGACGGAGACGUUUUGGUUUUCAGUCACAAUGAAGACGAGAUCUUUCAUGUAGCUCGAUCCAGUAACAGUGACAUAGAGCACGAGUCUCCUAGCUUCACUGAUACUGAUGACGACACUGAAGUUGAUGAUGAAUCUGAUGACGACGAUGAUGUAGAAGUUGAUGAUGCAGCAGGGGACAUUUUGGUGGAAAAGAAUAAGAAACCAGAAGCAGAUACUUCUUGUUUCCUUAGAGCUCGUGUCACACGUUACAGCCUCAUCAGAGAUCGCUUGGAUCUUUCUAGAGAUUUUAAGUUUAUGUCGUUUGAUGAGCACAAGAAACCGUGUGAGAUAUAUUUAGUUAAUGAGGAAGGAAGAAAAUGGACGCUGAGGCUUUCAAGAAAUAUAUCAAAUGGUGGGUUUUACAUCACAAGAGGCUGGACUAACUUUUGCUCAGCUAAUGGGUUAAGCCAAGGUGACAUCUGUAACUUCAAACUUUCCGAGAGUGGGGAAAGGCCUGUGCUUUUGUUGUGUUCACACGAGUCUGGUAAUGGCCAUGAAGACAAAGAAGAAGAAGAAUGCCCUGAAGCAGAUGCAGUGAAGAUAUGUUCUGUAGGAGGCUGCAGCAAAGAGAAGACAACAUCGGAGAAGAAUACUCCUCGUUUUCUGACACUAGAGUAUACACCCAACCGUGUCAAGACAGGACAACUAACUAUUUCAAAGGUUUUCUUGGGUGAGAGUGGCAUUAAUAAGUCUAUGGAGAUAACUCUGCUGAAAAAAGAUGGAAGAAAGUGGUCAUCUUAUCUACAGAUGUCAGGACAACCCGGACGUGAAAUGUUUUACAUACGAAAUGAUUGGAGAGAGAUGUGCAAAGCGAAUGGUGUUCAAGUGAAAGACUCAUUCGUGUUGGAGUUGAUAUGUGAAAAUGCAAACCCUAUAUUUAAGUUCCACUCUAAGAUUGAAAAUAAGGGAAAAGGAAAAAUAAUAACUCGUAAGAAGAGAGCUCGUCAUCUAAGUACCGUGGAAAACACUCCGGAAGGGAGUAAGAGAGGACGCACUAGGGUUUCAAACAGAUCCAACACUAACUUGAAGCGCGAGCAACCAGAAUCUUGCUCAGUCUCUGAUCAAGUGGCUAACGUCAAACAAAGCAUUCAAGAUACUCUGAACACCAUCAGACACUUCCGCGGAGAGCUCGAGACAAGGGAGAAGAAUCUGGAAGCUUCACUACUGGAAGUUGACGACUUAGGGGAGAGGAUAUUGGGAAUCAGCAAAAUUCUCAACAAUAAUCUUGUUUAAAGUAAAAUUGAAUAGCGGAAAAAAAGGAUCAAAAGACUAUCUGCAUGCACUUUUUGUAUCAUGAUUUUCACAAUAACGGCUUCUUCCUCCAAACUCUACGUUAGGUUUCCUUUUAAAUAUUUAAGACUUGCAAGUUCUAGAGACUGCCCAAUUUUUCUUGGUGCCUUUGUUCGGUUCAAAGGCUCACAAUGUUUUGUAUA